AUGUCUCAAAGCAGCCAGAGGAGGGUCAUUUAUUUCCCUCGCUGGUUGGAAUUAACCUGGGCGGGAACUGCUCAAGUUUUCGGAGAGUGCUCUGAAACAGCCCGUCUUGUGCUGGUUCUCUUCUGCUUUCUCGGACACGAGGACGUUUCUCUCGCCCUUUGCGUUCGCGGAGUGGCUACUCGAAAGCGCUGGACAGACUCCGGUGGUAUCGCUGAUGUUGCUCCAGGCUUACAUAGCCCAUUGGUCCCGCUAAUUGCAAACACGAACGCGUUUCGAUUCAUACGGGACGAAUUGAGGCUCAAGGGGGCUAUUUCAACUAGCUCUAGCGACACCUUUCGCGUUAACUCGGUUUGGAGGGCUCGGAUUCUGGCGGCAGUACCCGAUGAGUUACAUUGUUUCUGGAGGCUGGUGGCCUUGCUCUUUGCAUCCCACACAAUUCCCUGGGAAUUCCUCGAACCUGAUUUCAGGCCCACAGACAUGUCCACGGAAGUUGCACAUUUCCAUCACACCUUGCUUGAGGUUCAAAAUAAUGAAGGCUAUUCCGUACUGGACCGAAAUAUGAAAACUGAAGUAAUCUCUAGCUUGCUUGAAGCGACUAGAUUUACAGGUACUGAAGGCCAUAUAUUCGCUGUUGCCCAAUCAAAAAUGCUCAUAGAUGGAUUGAAUGUCCGCUAUCUGCAAUGUUGUGUCCUUCAAUUCGUGUCUUUCGAAAACACCUCCUCCUGGGCGAAUUUCUCCGUUAUCGAGGAGGAUUAUACGAGUCAUGGUCAAACCUCCAAAGAUCAAAAUGGAUCACUGGUGUCCAAAAGAGCCUCCACUUCACAACAGACCGAUCCCGAUCUAUUUUGCAAUAUCGGCAGUACCCUGAUAGAGCUCGACGACUUUAAAUUUGCCGAAAGCCAGCUAAGAGGCGAGGCGAUGAAGGAAGCUGAAGCAAACAAUGCAAUUGAGCCACUCUUACAUCUUAUCCUAGCGGAGUCAAUUUUCGCUCAGGGACGCUUUUCAGAAGUAGAGGGUAUAUGCCAAGAAGUCCAGUCGCAGGCUGAUCUUUCUAACAGGGAGGAACUACAUGUUUCGAUUUUGUUGGCAAAAAUCUCCCAUGUUAGAUCUGAAUGGAACGACGCAUUCUACCACUGGAGUGAGGCGUUGCGUACGAUAGAGAAGUCCACCCCGUUCCACGACCACAUUGCACGGGUAAUCCUCCGGUCCCUCUGCGACGUAGUGCACCGCCAAGGACGCCAUAACCUGCGUCGUAAGUUUGAAGCGAAAUUAUCAGCUCUUGGAGACACAGUCCUGCUAGUGAGGGGGCGACAUUGGAUUACUGGGUUGAAUCUAUGGCAGGAUGGUUUGCCGGGGUCACUUACAUACAUGCAUCUUCAGGUGCUGGCCGCUAAACUGCCAUUGCAGCCGUCCCUCUAG